UAAACAUGUCUGGACGCGGAAAGGGCGGUAAGGGUCUGGGCAAGGGCGGUGCCAAGCGCCACCGUAAGGUACUCCGCGACAACAUCCAGGGCAUCACCAAGCCCGCCAUCCGCCGUCUGGCUCGCCGUGGCGGUGUGAAGCGUAUCUCGGGACUCAUCUACGAGGAGACCCGCGGGGUGCUCAAGGUGUUCCUCGAGAACGUCAUCCGUGACUCGGUGACCUACACCGAGCACGCCCGCCGGAAGACCGUGACGGCCAUGGACGUGGUGUACGCCCUCAAGCGCCAGGGCCGCACCCUCUACGGUUUCGGCGGCUAAAGCUCAUC